CACAGUGAUGGAUACUGGUAUGCGAAAGUUGAUAUUUUAUUUCUUUUUUUAAAUUAUGGUCAAAGAUGCUAGUGAUUUUAUUUGGGAUUGUGGUAUUUGUAAUUAUGCUUGAAAAUAUAUCUUAAAGGUCAUUCAUUGCGUACGUUACGGUACUAACCAAAGCUAUUACACAGAACAAGGGAGAUGAGCUCUUGCGAGGAUAUUAUAAAGGAGAAUGAUAACAAAAACUGGCUCAAGGGUUCCAUCGCUCUCAUAAUUACCAAGGAAGGGCUUCAGGACCUAGUGGACGGAGACUGCAGGAGCAUACAGCAAGGGAUACACGCCUCUGUCCUCCAGGCGAGGAACCUAAGUCCGGGGACAACAUGUUGCAAGUGCUUGACGGAAAAUCUCUUUCAGUGUCCAACGAGAGGACUGUGCUCCCAUUUCCGAAACUGCAAGCUCCACGACACUCCAGUCAAGAUGUACAGGCCCUGUCCAUCGCAUAUAUGUGACGACUUCCGUAAUGAAAUAUGCCUACUCAAAAUAUUUGGGGAACCUUCGUGGAAAAACAGCCAUGCUGAUCGGUGGUGCUCGAAUCACUGGGAGAUUGCGAAGUGUUUCAUGCCACCGGACGGCUACAAGGAUGUGUCUUCGUUUGUUGAGACGGACUUUAAUGGGAUUAUCAGUAUACUGAUAAACUGUAAAGCAUUCCAGCAAAGGCUUUCGUUUAAAGUAGACACCGUGCCGAAUAUUCUAACACAGGCUCGAGUUAUUGGACGGACCAUUCGUCAUUCGCCGGACCUAAAGGUGACAGACACUGACCUGAAUGACUACAUAACCACAUUGACAACACUACUGUCUGAUCCUACAUAUCUAAGCAACGAUCGAAAAGCACAAGAGGCGGUCUUGAAAUUGAACCAGCUUCAGGCGGGCAUGCUAUGCAAAACAAGAGAAGACGCCCGUGCAUUUCUUGAAAAACAUAAAAUAGAACAAGCAGUGACAGAAGGGGUAAACAGACUAUACAGCCGAACAACGGAAGGUAUUGAAGCCCUGGAUGAGGCGGUUUUGGAGGCUAUUGGGAAGAUCAGAGCAUCGGACGAGGAUAAAGAAGCAGAUCUUCAACAACGACUGGCAAAGAAUUACCAGAAAACUCUUAGCAGUGUGCCGAUAUCACCCCUACUCCCGGACAGGGACGAGAUGCUGGAUAAGCUCUACGUCGCUCCGAGAAUCAUAGAGAAAGACCACAAAAAGGUUGAAUCCUCGCAACAACGGAAAGAAACACCUGUUUCAUCUUACAAGAAUAUUUUCUGCAAAGGCGAUACAUUUCUUAGCAACAUUUACGUCAUCGGUGAGGCCGGAAUGGGAAAAUCAACAUUUUCUAUAACUUGUGCCCUCAACUGGGGUAAACAGAUUCUUCACUCUUUUAACUUUGGCAGCAUUUCCGAACAUGAAUUUCAGGAUGUUGAAGUUCUAGCUAAAUUUGACUUUCUUUUUCAUGUUAGUCUCCGUAAUUCUGGCGAAUUGUGCAACCUUACUGAUAUGAUAACAGACCAGAUACUCAGCAGGAUUUAUCUUGCGGAUGAAGAAGCUGCAGGAAAUGAUACUCUGUUGAGUGUUCUUUCAACCCGGAAGAUCCUAAUUUUAGCUGACGGCCUAGAUGAAUGGUCACACCCUUCAGGUACGAAGUGUUCCUGCAAAGAAGAGGAAAAGGUUGUUCCAUUCCUGUCUCCAACAAUCGAUGCAACUGUAGUGAUAACAUCCAGGCCAUGGAGGAUGGCGCAACAUCGUGUGAGAGACUCUAGAAUUGACAGGUUCCUCGAGAUUGAAGGUGUGGCUGAUACGAAACGUUUAGCUCAGAAUGUACUCGGCUGCCUUAGUGGGAAGACAGAAAGUGAACAGAAAAGCAAGGCAUUCAUGUCAUUUAUCAAGAAGAGAGACCUUUCAAACCUACUGUCUGUUCCAACUGUAUUAAUGAUGCUCGUAUGUUUGUGGUUUGAGGGAGUCGGAGAAUCGUUCUCCCUCUGCGAGAUAUAUGGGCUAAUGAUAGACAUGAUGUUUGGAAGCAAAACACUCAAAAAGCAUUAUCGCCAACAAGUUAACACAACUUUGCCGUCAUGCUUUCAGAACGCAAAACACAUUUUUAAAAACAUACCUGCAUUGUUAUCAUCGGCCAAACUGGCAUUUGAUCAACUGUUUUCGACGGAUAAAAAAUCUGCCUUAGUUUUCAAACAAGUCGGAUCCCUUUCACAUGAAGACAUGGAGUUCAUGCUUAAAACUGGGAUUAUACGGGAAACCAAGUCGCAAUCUUUCAUUAUGCAGUCGUCAAGCUUCUCUUUCAUUCACAAAACAGUUCAAGAAUUCCUUGCAGCCUUGCACCUGUCGUAUAACCCAGAUGAAUUUAACCGGGUAGUAGAACCAUUUUAUAACCGGAGCGGUCAAAUUUCGGACAUUUCACAGGUCUUUAUUUACAUUUGCGGACUGAACAGCGAAAUCGGAAGUCAAAUGUCUACAAUAAUCUGUAAUGCUGUUCCUGUAAGUUGUUCAAACCAACCAUUUGCAACAUACUAUGACUUUACAAUUGAUCAUCCAGAAAAUUCAGUAGUUUGUAUCCUUCAAUACCUAUUUGGUAAGGGCCACAUGGAAGCAUGUGCAAAUAAUGUGGCAGAUGAUAUCCAUCUCAAUCUCUAUUUCUACAUAUUUGAUUAUAUUACUGAAAAUGAUUCAACACUGAAGACCUUGUUGUCUAUGAACAAAUCUCAAGUACGCUAUCUACGUGUAGAUGGAUGCGAAGCGAAAAUCAACGAGGAGGAGAUUCAGAAGGUGUUUAGCCUUUCCGCAGACACUCUCAUCGCAGUGGAGUUGACCGACCGUGGUGGGCGGUAUGACCUGUCUUCCUGUCGCCAACUGAAAUUUCUGCGUAUUAUUGGUAAUGAAAUAUCAAGUAUCAAUGUGAACGCAGAAUCUUUAGUUACAUGUGAAAUAUCCAGCACUUCCUCGAUUCUUCAAAAGGAAGUCCUUUAUUCCCUUAACAGAUUAAAUGAAGGUAAUAGAUGCAGUCCUUUGAAACACUUGAAAUUGAGAUGCAUCGAAAAAUUGGACCUAUACUGCCAGACACUUACAGGGCUUUCACAACUAGAAUAUGUCUAUAUAGGCAACACAGACCUCAAUGACCACCUCCUUAAUCUCCCAAGAUCAGUCAUCCGUGUUCACUUGUCCAAAGUGGAGAUGAAAGCAGGUGUCUUCUGGAGACUGGUGGAGUGGAUAGAGAAAAGCACACACACUGUCGACUGCUUCUUACGGCAAUGUACUGUCACACCGAGUAGUGAGUUUAAAAAAGCAAAACUGUAUGUUCAAUCAUAUGUUAUAUUCACGGUUUUUAAGGACGGCGAUGAUACUUUUUCAUUUAAGAGAAACAUUUAAGGGACUAAUUCACAGAUUCUGUCAUGGAGAUAUUUUUUUCAAACUUUGUUGAUUAUAGAUGUUUCCAAUUUCUUUGAGAACAAACACAAAACAGCAACUGGCAGAUAAACAGAAAUUAAUAUUAUUUAGCCUAACAUUCAUUUUCUAUAGCGUUUUAGAGCUCUUAGGCAAAAUAGAGCAUUUAAGUAGCAUUUUAAAAACCUGUUAGAAAUAGAGCUCCUUUGUAUCUUGUGAUGAGAAUUAUGUUCACGUUUUACUCGAAAUCAUUUCUGAUCCUUUAAAAUGCGAAAAGGUGCCAUUAAAGUGACAGUAUUUUAUUUAACAUCUAUCAAACGGAGACUAUUGUACAAAAUUCAUGUCGUGUAAGCAUGGAGCUUACACAAACAGUGUGUAUUUAGGCUGUAAAGUAAUUGUGGUAUUUCAACUUAUUUUCCCUUUUUAUUUAAUUUUUGUAAUGUAUGAAAUCAAAAUGUCUAAACAACGACUUUGAACACAGAAAAAGUAACAGCAAUUUAUAAACUAUACUAACAAUAGUUAAAUGAACUUUUUUUUUUUUUAAAAAGUCGCAUUUGAGGAGGUUGUUUGCUUCAUUGUUUUAAUUAUAAUCUGGAUUAUUCAUGCAAUAUUACUUUUGUAAAAGCUGAUUAAUUCAGUAGUUAUCAAUUUCCAAUAUCAAUUUUUAGCGUUUUUCUUGUGAUAAACUGGCAAUUGUGUGUUUAGUGAAUAUAUCAUUAUGUAAAUUGUAGUCUCAGUGACAUUGUUUUAUAAAGUUGUAUUUAGUUAAAAUAAAGAAAAAGCACCAUUUAUUAUGUUGGGUUAUUUGAAGUAUGUAUCGCUGGUAAUAUGUAUCAGCUAUCCGGAGAAUAAAAUGGUAUUUAAGGUAGUGUAAAGCGGCGAAACAUUGUUUGCAGUAUGUCAGCUCUCGUGCGAUUACAUGUUCAUGAUAAGAAUUUUUUUGUAAGCAUCAUAGAGACGUUCCGAGGGUGCAUGCUGUUCAUAGAUAGUUUAUAUCAUGCUUUAUGGUGGUUUACUGAAAAAUAAAGGUUUAUAUUCUGAGAAACUCUUACUGUUUGAAACAGUAAGAUUAUCGAAAAUAAACUCUCACGGUUUAUCCGAUU